GCGCCCGGCUCCGCUCCGCGUCCCGCUCCGCUCCCCGCUCCGCGCUCCGCACUCCGCUCCGCCGCCAAGGGGCGGCCCAGGGGGGCGGCGGGUCCCGCUCAGCCCCCGGGGAAGGCGCGGGGGGGGCGAUGCACCGCGCCGCGCUCCGCCCGGCCCCCCCGCCGCUCCGCCGCCGCCCCGCCGCCCGGGCGCCGCCCGCCCCCCGCCGCCGCUGAGCCUGGCCCGCCGCCGCGGCCUCCCCCGGCGGCGCCGCCCGCCCCGGGCUGCCGCAGCGCCGCGAUGGAGACAGCGGAGAAGGAGUGCGGAGCCCUCGGCGGCCUCUUCCAAGCCAUCAUCAACGACAUGAAGAGUUCCUACCCCAUCUGGGAGGACUUCAACUCGAAGGCCACCAAGUUGCACUCCCAGCUCAGGACCACGGUGCUGGCUGCAGUUGCCUUCCUGGAUGCCUUCCAGAAAGUGGCUGACAUGGCCACCAACACCCGAGGUGCUACCAGGGACAUCGGCUCUGCACUGACCCGCAUGUGCAUGCGGCACCGCAGCAUUGAGGCCAAGCUCCGGCAGUUCACCAACGCCCUCAUGGAGAGCCUGAUCAACCCUUUGCAGGACAGGAUUGAGGACUGGAAGAAAACUGCCAACCAGCUGGACAAAGACCACGCGAAAGAGUACAAGCGAGCCCGCCAUGAGAUCAAGAAAAAAUCCUCCGACACCCUCAAGCUCCAGAAAAAAGCUCGCAAAGAGCUGCUUGGGAAGGGGGACCUGCAGCCCCAGCUGGACAAUGCGCUGCAGGACGUCAAUGACAUGUACCUGCUGCUGGAGGAGACAGAGAAGCAGGCGGUCCGCAAAGCCCUCAUCGAGGAGCGGGGUCGCUUCUGCACCUUCAUCACCUUCCUGCAGCCCGUGGUGAAUGGGGAGCUCACCAUGCUGGGGGAGAUCACCCACCUGCAGGGCAUCAUUGAGGACCUGGUGGUGCUCACUGCUGAGCCCCACAAGCUGCCCCCCGCCAGCGAGCAGGUGAUCAAGGACCUGAAGGGCUCUGACUACAGCUGGUCCUACCAGACACCCCCGUCCUCACCCAGCAGCUCCAGCUCCCGCAAGUCCAGCAUGUGCAGCAGCGUUAGCAGUGCCAAGGGUGGUGUGGCGUGGCCCGGCGGGGCUCAGACCUGCUCACCCAGUUCCACCUAUCGCUACCGCAGCCUGGCGCAGCCCUCCGCCGCCACCACCCGCCUCUCCAGCGUCUCCUCCCACGACUCCGGCUUCAUCUCCCAGGACACCGCUUACUCCAAACCACCGUCCCCCAUGCCCUCGGACAUCACCAGCCAGAAAUCCUCCAGCUCAGCAUCCUCGGAGGCCUCUGAAACCUGCCAGUCAGUCAGCGAGUGCAGCUCCCCCACAUCGGACUGGUCCAAGGCCAGCGCCUACGACCAGCCGGUGGUCCCCCCCCUGCAGCGGCGCAAGGACCGUGUGGAGCACCUGCGGGAAGCGGAGAUGGGCUCGUCCCCCGGUGGGUACCUGGCCAUCGGCACUGAGGACGCUCCCAGGCCCCGCAUGUCACCGGCUACCAUUGCUGCCAAGCAUGGGGAGGAGGUGUCCCCUGCCGCCAGCGACCUGGCCAUGGUCUUGACACGGGGGCUGAGCCUGGAGCACCAGAAGAGCAGCCGGGACUCGCUGCAGUACUCCAGCGGGUACAGCACCCAGACCACCACCCCGUCCUGCUCUGAGGACACCAUUCCUUCCCAAGGUUCUGACUACGACUGCUACUCGGUGAAUGGCGAUGUGGAAUGUGACGCCCAGAGCGACUUCGACAAGUCCUCCACCAUCCCGCGCAACAGCAACAUCGCCCAGAACUACCGGCGGAUGAUCCAGACCAAGCGGCCCGCCUCCACUGCCGGGCUGCCCACCGGCACCAACCUACCAGCUGGCACCACCCCGGGGGUGGCCACCAUCCGCCGCACACCCUCCACCAAGCCCUCAGUCCGCCGUACCCUCUCCAAUGCCGGCCCCAUCCCCAUCCGACCCCCCAUCGUCCCCGUGAAGACCCCCACGGUGCCCGACUCCCCCGGCUACACCGGCCCCACGCGGGUGGGCAGCGAAGAGUGCGUCUUCUAUGCCGACGACGCUUCACCAAACCCCCUGGAUUUUGCCAAAGCUUCGCCCAAGCGGCUGAGCCUUCCCAACACGGCCUGGGGCGGUGGUGCCAUGGAGAUCUCCGUCUACCCUGGUGCCACCCAGCACCUCUCCGCUGAGGAAGAGGAGGACCAACAGUUGGCCGCCAACCGGCACAGCUUGGUGGAGAAGAUUGGCGAGCUGGUGGCCGGCGCUCAUGCCCUGGGAGAAGGCCAGUUCCCCUUCCCCACCGCCCUCGCGGGGUCUGGCCCCAGUGAGGAGACCCCCGCGCCCCCCCCAGCGGCCUCCAUGGACCCCCCGGCUGAAGACAUGCUGGUGGCCAUCCGGCGCGGGGUGCGCCUGCGCAGGACCAUCACCAACGACAGGUCGGCCCCGCGGAUAUUGUGAUGACGCCCUGGCCAGCGGGGACGGGCCCCACCGUGGCCGAUGGACCCCCUGGGGGCACCCGCUGCGCCGCCCGGGGAGCCCCCGCCUGGGGAGCCCCCACCCACCGGCACCGCUGCCCAAACCCCCCGCUCCCCCUCCCGGCCCAGCCCGUCCUGACACCUUCCUGCACCGGCUCUCGCUUUACUCUUUUUCUUUUUUUCUUAUUGGCCUCUAUUUCUUCUCUUUCUUUUCCUCUCUUUUCUUCUCUCCUUUUCCUUUUUCUUCUCUUUUUCUUAUUUUUUCCUUCUCUUUUCCUUCUUUUUAUCUUUUUCUUCCUUUUCUUUAUUCUUCUGUUUUCUUCUCUUCUCUUCUUCUUUCUUCUUUUUCUUCUUUCCUUUCUUUUUCACUUCUUUUUUACUUCCUUUUCCCCUUCUUUUUCACUUCCUUUUCCCCUUCUUUUUCUGUUACUUCAUUUCUUCUGCUUUUCUUCUUUCUUCUAUUUCUUUUCAUUCUUUCUUCUCUUCUGUUUCUUCUUUUCCCUUCUUUUUCCCUUCUUUUAUUUCUCUUCUCUUUCUUUUUUCUUCCCAUCUUUUUAUUUUCUCUUCCCCCUCCUUUCCUUUUGUCUCUUUCCUUUUUCUGUUUGCUUUUUUCCUCUCUUUUCUCUCCCUCCCUGGGCACAGCAGCUGUCCCCAACCCCACAGGAGGGGACAGUGCCAGCAGGGCCACAGCAGGAGCAGCACCAGGAGCUGGGGGGCCCUGUCCCCCUGGCUGCCUGCUUGGGGCCAGCACAGCUCAGCCCCAUUUUGGGGGUCAGAAGCAGUGGGGAGGGGGGGGACACACACACACGUGUGUGAGAGGAUGGGUGGACAGCGGGGGGCAGACACUACAGCCCCCUCCAGCUCGGGGGACACCGGGGCCCAGCAGCUGAGGGUGCCAAAUCUCCUCUUUGCCCCACCAGAGAACACUGGGGGGCCUCCCACAGCCCCCCCAAACCCCCUCCCUCUCCCUCAGCACCAGCAGACCCUGCGCAGGGUCCUGCUGGGGGGGUGGUCUGGGGGACAGGGGGUUGCACCCAGACCCCUCUCCCAAAACGAAGCAGCUGAUUUCUGCCGGCGGCUGGAGGAAAGCACAAACCCCUGGCCCCCCCGCUGUACAUAGCCCCCCCCGACACCCUCCUGUCUGUCGCAUUGCAGCUCCCCCUUUCUCUCACCCUUAGGAAUAACGAUUUAGUCCCCUCCCACCUUCGAUUUAGUCCCCCCCACCUUCUCCUGCCCAGAACCGCUGAUGCCAAGUGACAAAUGUUUGGGUUUGGGGGAGGGGGGGGGAGUCUCUUAUUUUGUACAGAAAAUGACAAUUCCUUGGAAAAGAAAAAAAAAGACCUGUCUUUCAACUGAAGUAACUUUUCUGGUGCUGUUGUUAACUUGGUCCUUUUUUUUUUAAUUUAUUUCCCCUCCGUGGUCCCGCCUCUGCCGCCGCUUCCCCUAUUCCUCAGCCAGGUUUCUUUCUCUUUCUUUCAUUCCCUCUCUUAUUUUAAUUUUUGUUUCUUCUUUUUUUUUGGUGGUAAUUCCCCUCUUUCCCACCUGCCCCCCCACUCCCCGAUUUCCAUAGUCACUGCUACAAGUAACGAAUGCACUGUGAAGAUUCCAGUAUUAAUAAAGGUUGUACUGUAAUUAA